AUGGCUUUUCGACGGAACACGAGAGCUCACAACUACGAGGAUCUGAACCCUAGGGGUGAAGAAGCAACAGAUCCAAAUGUUCCCCCGGCAGUUCCUGGAGGGUUAGUACCCCCAGUUCCGCAGGCAGCACCUCAGGGAGUUCCCCAAGUGAAUCCCCAGGUGGCGUUACUAGCUGAGGCAUUGCAAGUAUUGUUGGAUAAUGCGAAUGGAGCCGGUGGGGCUCAGGCGCAGCAGCCUCGCCGGGCACAGAUUCAACAAGAGGAGGUCCAGUUUAUCAGGGAUUUCAAACGCUUCGGACCGACCGUUUUCAACGGGGUGAGUGAGAGGCCUACUGCGGCCGAGGAAUGGGUCAAGGAGUUGGAAGCCCUUCAUGUGUAUUUGGGAUGCUCCGACGAAUUCAAGGUCCGGGGAGCAGUGUUUAUGCUUCGGGGAGAAACAGUAAACUGGUGGAAGUCAGUGGCGGCAGCGGAGGAUCACGACAACACACCCGUCACAUGGACAAGGUUUAAGGACCUACUCUAUGAGUACUAUUUCCCCGUGACUGUCAGGAACGAAAAACGGGCAGAGUUUCUCCGUCUAACUCAAGGGAGCCUAACUGUGGCCCAAUACGAGAGGAAGUUCACUGAGCUGUCCCGUUUUGGAAUGCAAUAUAUUCCUACUCAACAAUUAAAGAUUGACAAGUUCAUUGACGGUUUGCGUAGGGAGAUCAAGGGGCUACUUGUUCUCAAGGAGCCAACUACUUAUGCAGCAGCAGUCAGAGGAGCCAUGYUGGRCCGUGUUGGGCGGGAAAGAGAAUAUGUUACAGGUGUCAGAAGGAAGGACAUUUUGCAAGGGAGUGUCCGAUGA